GGAUCUUGGAGGGGAUCGGCGAUCCCAGACUCCCAGCCCACCUCCCGCUUCGGGGGUGAUGGGAAAUUGCCAGAUUGCUUUUCCUCAAAGCCUUCACAUCUCCACUAGGAAUGCAUGAGCACACCCUUUUCUCUGUUCCCCUUCCAGCUCUGGCUGACAAACCUCUUCAUUUUUUUAGUGUGAUGGAUCUAAAAUGAGACUUUAUUGUUAACUUUAAUAGCACUUCCUCAAAUCACUGCUCUUCAGAAUUCACAAGUCCCACUGCAGUGUUUCUACCUGAGAACUGGGCCUGGCUGGACACCACUAAGGCCCUCAGGACAUGGCCUACCAUCUAAUUUGAAGGCGCUGCCUAGAGAAUGAGGAGCGACGAGCCGGCCGUGACCAUGGAAGACACCGGCGGGUCGGACAGGGCUGUAGGCCGCCUGGGGACACCGUACUCCGAGGCCUGGGGGUACUUCCACCUGGCGCCGGCGCGCCCAGGCCACGCUACGCGCCCCUGGGCCACCUGCCGGCUGUGUGGAGAGCAGGUGGGCCGCGGCCCGGGCUGGCACGCCGGCACCGCGGCGCUGUGGAAGCACCUGAGGAGCGCCCACAGGCGGGAGCUGGCGGAAAGCGCUGCCCGCCACUCGCCGCCCUCUGCUCCGGGCCCCGCCGCGGCCGCCGAGGGCGACUGGGCGCGCCUGCUGGAGCAGAUGGGCGCCCUGGCGGUGCGUGGAAGCCUGCGCGAGCGCGAGCUGGCGCGGCGCGAGGCGGCCCUGGAGCAGGGCGAGCGCGCCCUGGAGCGCCGACGGCGGGCGCUGCAGGAGGAAGAGCGCGCUGCGGCCCAGGCGCGCCGGGAGCUGCAGGCCGAGAGGGAGGCCCUGCAGGCGCGGCUGCGGGAAGUGAGCCGGCGCGAGGGCGCCUUGGCCUUGGUCUCGGUCCCCCUGCACGUUCCGUUCAAAGAGGAGCCCCCCGAGGGGGAGCCCCCCUACGUCAUCACGAAGGUCCUCCUGUAGCUUCUGGCACCUUCGACCCCCACCCCCGCGUUCGGCGGCGCCACUCCAAAAGUGGCCCCAGCACCAGCGCCUUCAGCCUCACCUGGAAGCGGGAAUUCAGGCCGGUGGCCGCCCGGCCGCAUCGAAAUCGCCCACUG